AUGCUGUGGCUUCUAGUCGCACCCGAACUCUGGGCCUCGAUACUCCUCGGAGUAUCGGCUGUAUACUUUUACCUCUGGAAUCGGCAGCAAUACUUCAAACGUCGCGGAAUCCCCACCCCUCCAGUUGACAGCAUCUUCAGCGGUAACCUGAAAACCUUACACGAUGGCCGCAUGCCGCACACAAAAAAUGUCCAGGAAUGGGCGAAAACAUAUGGCGACCUGAUGGGAUAUUAUGAAGGGAGCAUGAAGGUCAUCCUCACUUCUCGGCUUGACGUGAUUCGGGAUGUGUACGUUGAUAAGUUUGAGAAGUUCCACGGGCGCAAGUCGAUCAAUCCGUUCCCCUUCAAUCCGGACACCGAUCAGCGGGCUUCUGUCUUUAUCUCGAGGGGCCUUCGUUGGAAGCGUUUGAGGGCUAUGUUCGAGCCGUCUUUUAAUCAGAAAAUGACCCGUGUUCACCAGACCGUCUUCCGCGAUUCUAACAACCACGUCAUGGUUUGGCUUGAAAAGAACUGUCAUCAGCCAAUCGAUUUCCAUGUCUUCACCCUGGAAUGGAUCUCGGAUAUCAUCGAACGAUUGUGCGUCGGAAAGCCAGUCUCCACCUUCGGAAAUGGCCCAUCAGAAGUCUCGCGCCUCAUCGACCUCUUCUUCCACCCGCCCAGCUAUUGGGAGAACCCCCUCUUCCGUCUCUACAUGUCCACCCACGAGUUCUCCGACUACACCCAAUACUUCCACAAGUUCCUCAGCAUGCUCAUCCGCAACCCGUUGUAUAAGAUUGAGUCCAGGAUGGCGCGGCUUAUCAAGGAGAAGAGGCGCAACAGAAAGCCCGGAGAUGCUGCUGGAGACAUUCUCGAUUUGUUCGUUGACUACCGUGCCCCAGAUGAGGAGCUGAAGGAAUUGAGGCUGUUGAACCAGAAGGCUGAAGCAAAGUUCCAGACCCAGAUCCGCAAAGUAUUGACCGAAGAAGAAAUCCUUUCCAUGUCAACCAUGACCAUCUUGGCCGCUGUCGAAACGACUCACACGACGCUGAAGCAGUUCUUCUAUUCGCUCGCUGCUCACCCGAAAUGUCAAGAACGUCUGCAACAAGAGAUUGAUGCUUUCAUCCAAUCCAGGCAAGACAUCAACUUGGAUACGGUCAACACUAUGGAAUACCUAGAUUGGUGUUUGAAGGAGAAUCAACGUCUUCACCCGGUCGCUGUUGCGGCUAUUUCCCGUGAAUGCAUGGAAGAUUGUAAGGUUGGAAAUGAUGGGCUGAUCGUUGAAAAGGGUGUCCACGUCUAUGCCAACUACUACCAAAUCCACCGCGAUCCUCAGUACUGGGGCGAAGAUGCCGAGAUGUUCGACCCUGAGCGCUGGAACCCUCUAAACAAGCGCCUUCCUGAGAACCUCUUCGAAGUCUACGCACCUUUCGGCCAGAACGGAGCGCCACGUGUAUGCCCUGGACGGCACUUCGGAACCGCAGAAGUCAAGCUGGCCGCUGUCGAGCUCCUCCGCAAAUACUCCUUAAACCUUGCCGAAACACCGAAAACCGAGCACGGCAUUCUCGUGUACUCGCUGGACUCGAUUAUGAUGCGCGUGAAAAAACGCCCUGAGCCGGCGGUAAUCUCCAAGAAAGUGACCGUGGAAGAGGCCAAGCCCGUCAUUAUGUCCCCCUCUCCACCAGUGAUCGACGAUACCUUAGCACAUUUGAAGAAAGCCGCUGAAUUCGGACGUCACACUCGCUUCGAAAUCGACAGCCGCAUAGCCACCAGUGUUGGC